AUGAGCAAACGCAUCCUUGCAAUCUCUGACGGUUCUGAUUCGUAUGGUUAUGGUAGGAAAUCUAGGUCACCAGGUAAUCCAAUUUUCUGGUCGUUUGGUUCAGUUCCAUGUAUGGCGAUAGAACCUGAACCUACUCCACGGAAGCGAAAGUCACGAUGGUCAUCUGCCGCCGAUUCCGAUCGAACAUACAUUCCGGGGAUGCCUACGCAGCUUCCUCCGAAUAUGACUCCGUUGCAAGAAAAGAUAUAUAUCAGUAGCAUCGAGGAUAUAUCGAGACGGUUGAAAUCCGGCGAUCUAGGCAUCCCAAAGAACCCCGAAGACAGGUCUCCUUCACCGGAACCGAUUUACAGCAGUGAGGGAAAGCGGUUGAACACUCGUGAAUACCGCACUCGCAAGAAGAUGGAAGACGAGCGUCACACUCUGGUGCAACAGCUUACCGAAUUGAACCCAGACUACAAGCCACCAACUGACUACAAACCUCCACAGAACCGAGUCACUGAUAAGGUGUUCAUUCCGCAGGAGAAUCACCCUGACAUAAACUUCGUAGGCUUGCUCAUUGGGCCUCGGGGGAACACACUCAAGGCUCUGGAGAAGGAGACCGGCGCGAAAAUUAUCAUACGUGGGAAAGGUUCUGUAAAGGAGGGCAAAGUUGGUAGGCGCGAUGGUUUGCCAUUGCCUGGUGAAGACGAACCGCUACAUGCAUUUGUUUCCGCGCCAGUAGCAGAAGCCGUACAAAAGGCUGUUCGGCGAAUCAAUGAAAUAAUCCGCCAGGGUAUUGAAGUCCCAGAAAGUCAAAAUGAUCUCCGUAGAGCACAGCUACGUGAACUGGCAUUACUCAACGGCACACUCAGAGAACAUGAAGGUCUAAUGAAACUACGCGCAAUGGCUGAGGCUCAGUCGAUUGCUACCAAUAAGAUACAGUGUGGAAUUUGCGGGGGUACGUCCACUUUGACCAAUCCGGAUUCCAGUACCUUACUCUGUUCACGGUUUUUAAGGGUUUUCUGGGGGAAUAUCGUAGCUCCUGCAAUAAAGAUGAAAUCUAUAACUGGGGAGCUGAGUUCUCUUGGCACUUUUGAAGGUCUCAGGUUCAAACGUGCUGGCCACUUGUCAACGGACUGUAAGGUCAAUCUUAGUGGUAUGGCUUACACGGACCAACUGAACACAAACCCAUCCGAACGAGCUAAGAUGGACAGUGAAUAUUCAGCUCUGAUGGCAGAACUGGGGGUUGGUGCAGGAUCGAUGUUACCCGGGAUGGGUCGUGGACUGCGAUCUCAAGCCCCUCGCCCUCCUCGUCAGCCCCCUCCACCUGGAGUAGCGCCUUCCGAAGAGGAUGAUGAGGAUGUUAACACUUCAGCUGUUAACGGGACUUCCAACACAACUGUAACAAGUACCCAGAAUGCCAUGCCUUCCAACCAGCCCUACCCCUAUGGUCUACCCCCACCACCUCCUCUACCUGGUUCGCAAUACCCACCGAUGAUGUCAGGAGUGGGUGGGUGGCCAAACCAGCCCGUAAUGCCUCCAGUGGCAGGUUAUCCUCCCGGUGCAACUUACCCUCCGGGUCCUUCAGGCACUGGCGCUUACACCAUACCGACUACAUCCAACGGAACUGGGAUGUGUCCAACACCAUGGCCUUCAAAUCCUACUCCAGGUGGUUGGGGAGAUGCACCAUCCAUGGGAUAUGGAGGUCCAGGUAUGGUACCGCAGCCCUAUUCAACCGGACCGGGCAACUACUGGGGUGGUUAUUACCCACAGCCUAUACCCAACCCCCCUCCACCUCCACCUCCAGGCGUCUAACGAACAACUCGUGUAUGCAUUUGAUGAUCGUUUUCUUCUCUUUCACCCUGUAUCAUGAAAGCCUUCCCCAUUUCGUUCUCCUUGUGUACAAAAUACUAGUCCUCUGAUGCUCCGAUU